UUGUGUAUAUAAUAUGAGGUGAAGAAUCACAAUUUAUGAUUCCAGUAUUGCCAGAUUGUAUUGCUGAUAUUAUGUUCAUUGAUCUUAAUAUUGACCAACCGAUUUUUAGAUUUUGUUCUUUCUACAUUCAUGUAGACAGGAGCUGCACUAGCAUGACAGGAAAUAUCUUCCAGAGAGCGUUCCAAAGAUGGCCGACAGUGGACUUACUUGCUAACUUGCUAGAAAGACUUUGGUCAAAACGCAGCCGAAUGUUGCCUUUCGAAGGAGUAUAAAUAAAGAGCCGGAUAAUUUGAAUUUAAAGGUACAGGAUGGAACUCCCAAACUACAGCCGCCAGCUAAUGCAACAGCUGCAUGCUUUACGAAAAGAGAAGCAGUUUUGUGACUGCUCGAUCCUGGUGGGAGAAACCCCUCACCCUGCUCACAAACUAGUUCUGGCUGCCUCCAGCAUGUUAUUUAAGUCUGCUCUAGAGAGUUCUGACAGCAUCUCCAUUGACACAGAUUUACUGUCCUCUCAAGAGUUUUCUUGUAUUCUGGACAUGGUAUAUACUGGUAAACUGCCUCCUGGAAAACACAACUUCACACGACUCAUAGCUGCUGCCGACAGCUUGCAGAUGUUUGAUGUGGCCGUUGGUUGUAAGAACAUUCUCACCGACCUUAUGAAGCAAACUUCUGAGACUGUAAAUGCUGAGACAGAGGCUGUGGACUUAGUUAUAAAACAUGACUGUGCUGAGGGGAGACCUGAAAACUUAAAGGAGUCAUCUGGAUUGGAACAGUUGAAAAGGGACGAGAAGAAUUUUCAUGAGAAUAGUGCAAUUGAGUUUAUAUCUCAAAAUCAAGCUGGUAUUAAAAAGAUCCUACAGAGUGUACGGCCAUGUGUUAAGGUUCUUGAGACUUGGGACACAAUCCCUGCAGAGGAACGCCAGGUCAUGUUGGGUAGUUUUAAAGGAGAUCCAUCAGAAGAUGAGGUGUGUCAGCGGUUGCUGAGUUUAGUUAAGGAUGAGAGAGUUCUGUCAGCUCAAACGGUCCUUACAUUGCUAGACCAGCUAAAACAGAAGCAAAAUCCUGAUCCAGGAUCAGUCCAGGAGCACCAGGGACAUGAGAGCUGCCCAAUAGCCAUUUCUGCAAUUUGUUAUGCCAAAGGUCCUACGGCUGGUUUUUGGCUUUCUGGUGGACUUUUAGACAAUGUAUCAAAUCUAACUGGCCCCCUCUCCAGUGUCAACAAUCUCUCUGAGCUUUUGACCAUUGCAGUGAAUGACUGUAAAAAUGAAGAUGAAAAAGAGGUUGUGCUGGAGUGCUGUAGUGCUCCGUCUUCUAUGGAGGUUGUGGAAAGGUUGAUAUGUAAACUCAGAGAGACAAGCAUAAGUGAAGAAACAUUUCUAAUGCUGCUUCAUGUGGUCAAAGGAAGCUCCUCAGAUCUGACUCAACUUUUGGACACCCUGAAGGACACAAGAGCAUCUAUAUUUAAAAGAACAUCUCAGUCAGUCUCAAACAAUCAUGCAAAAUCUGAGGUGGAACAAGAAGGAUCUACGGCAGACUCUGAGGAUGAGGAGGAAACCUCUAAAACCAGAGGAAGAAAGAAGGCCGUUCUUGUGUCUUACACCUGCGAGUGGUGUAAAAAGACUUUUGACUUUAAGUGUCGUCUGAUAAAGCAUAAGAAAUGUUGUGCCCUCUCGCCAUGUAGAGAGCAGCGCUGCUCAGAGUGUUCCAUGGCUUUUCCAACUCUGAAGAGUCUUCACCAGCACUGCAUCGAAGCCCACGGCAGCCUACCGGCCAAACAGAGGAAAACUGAACAAGUGUCAUGUGACAUGUGUGACAAGACCUUUAAACAUUCUUCAGGCCUGUUGUAUCAUAAACGCACUGAACAUUUCGAGGAGAGGCCGUAUGCAUGCGAGGAGUGCGGGGCGAAGUUUGCUGCCACCUCAUCUUUGAAGAACCACAUGCGUCUGCACACAGGAGAGAAACCCUUCCAGUGCAAACACUGUGACAUGAGCUUCUCCGUUGCUGCCGCUCUGUCCUACCACACCAAAAGGAAACAUGCUGAGGGUAAAAUGUACUGUUGUCAGUAUUGUUCUGCCUCAUUUGCGCAGUCCAUUGAACUGACUCGUCACGUCCGCACACACACGGGAGACAAACCGUACGUCUGCAAAGAGUGUGGGAAAGGCUUCAAUCAAGCCAACAGACUGUCCAUACAUCUUCAGAACUUUCAUAACAUCACAGAACCAUACGAUUGUCAGAAGUGCCGGGUGAGCUUCUCUUCGCUGGACGAAUUACGACAGCACAUUCAGGAAGUCCAUCCCAAAGAGCUGCACCAGUGUCCUGAGUGUAGCAAGAUCUUCAACAAUAAAGCCAAUUUGGAGAAACACAUGAACGUUCAUGAAGGCAACAAACCCUACAGCUGCAAGGCAUGCAAUAAGUCCUACCAGACACUCUCCGGCCUGUGGUACCACAAUCGUACUGCCCACCCCGAGAUUGUCGUUGCCCAGGGUAACAAACCCAUCAAAUCCCUGCUCCAUUGCGACAAGUGUGACAAGACAUUUAGCAACCAAAAAUGUCUGUUAAAACACCAAAUAACCAAUCACACAGAGGUGCGUUUGUGGAAGUGUGUGAAUUGUAGCAGAACUCUGACGAGUGAGCAGGAGUUACAGCAGCACACCUGCGGUGGACAGUCAAGUCAGGGCAGUUCUUUGUUUAGCUGUAUGGUCUGCUCUCUCCACUUCCCCUCAGAGCCGGAGUUCCAACAACACUUCCUGUCCAAACACCUGCAGGCCAUACAGGAAGAAGCGCAGUCACAGGCCUCCAGCUCGCAAACGGUGAUUCAGUGUGAGGAUGCAGUCGGUCAAGAGGCGGAGCAAGUGAUUAGCCUCAGCCAGUCCCAGAUUGAGGGGUCACCGCAGGUGUUUGUCGCUCUUGGUGAUCAACAGGAAACCCCUGCUGGCUCAGGAAUCGUGGCUGUCAGCAUGGAAGAUUUACUGAAUGGCACUGUGACUUUUAUUUGUGAGGAGGGCCAGUGAAAUGAACUACAAUCCAAAUAGACAGAAAACUACGGUCAGUUAAGCACUCAUACAAUGCAAAACUGUUUUGUUUUCCAGUAAAAUAUCUAAACAUCCUUGAAACAGAAAACUUGUAUAAUAGGAGCUAAGCAAAAUCCAUCAUGUUAAAAAAAUGGAUUUGCACUCCCUGCUGGAGCAGCUGCCCCCGCGACCCGACUUCGGAUAAGCGGUUGAAGAUGGAUGGAUGGAUGGAUGGAUGGAUGGAUGGAUGGAUGGAUGGAUGGAUUAAAAAAGGCUCAAGAUCACACAUCUCUGCCAUAAGUGCAAUCUUAAUAUAUUUUUGACAACUGACUGACUAGGUUUUAUCGAAAGUGUUCUGAGGAGCACAAACAGAGUUUAUUUUUACCAUUUUUAUUUGUUGUCAAAGCACAUAUCUACAUCUGCCCUUGAGUGCUAUGUACAUAGAUGUGCAAUGAUAAUUAAGACUUUGGACUGUUUCUAAAUGCUUUACUAUUGUGUCUCUAAAACAUUAUCUUAUAUAAAUUAUUUUGUGACCAUGCUGACUAUCUCUACAUCUACAAUAUAUAUAAAUCUGAUGAAUGUAGUUUUAAAUACAAUUGUGGCCAAUAAAUUGGCACCCUUAGUAAAUAUGAGGAAAGGCUGUGAAAAAUAUGAGAAAUAUGAAAGAUUACUGAUUAUCUUAUUGAUAUUUCAUCCAAAAUAUUCACAAAAAUCUAUCCUCUAAUGGAUAUCAAACAAUUGCAAACACAACACAAAUUUGAAUUAAAAAACAAUUAUUUCUGACAAAUAUAUGAGUGACAAUUAUUGGCACCAUUUUAUUCAAUCCUUUGUGCAACCUCCUUUUACUAAGAUAACAGCUCUGAGUCUUCUCCUAUAAUGCCUAAUGAGGUUGGAGAAGACAUGGCAAGGGAUCUGAGACCAUUCCUCCAUACAGAAUCUCUAGAUCCUUCAAAUUCCGAGGUUCACACUGGUGGACUCUCCUCUUCAAAUCACAACACAGGUUUUCUAUGGGGUUCAGGUCAGGGGACUGGGAUGGUCAUGGCAGAACCUCGAUUUUGUGGUCUGAACCAUUUUUGUGUUUAUUUUGAUGUAUGUUUUGGAUCAUUGUCCUGCUGGAAGAUGCAACCAGGGCCCAUUUUAAGAGGCAAUCAGGUUUUGAUUUUUUAUCCGUAUUUGAUAGAGCCCAUGAUGUAUCCAAAAAAGAUGUCCAGGACCUAUGGCAUAAAAACAGCCCCACAACAUUAAAGAUCCACCACCAUAUUUAACCGUGGGUACUGGGUACUUUUACCUAUGGCUACUACAUCAAACCCAUCUUUGGUGUUUGCUGCCAUAAAUCUCUAUCUGAUCAUAGAACCUGGUCCCAUUUGAAGUUCUAGUAGUGUUUGGCAAAUUGAAGACACUUGAGUUUGUUGUUGGAUGAGAGUACAGGCUUUUUUCUUGAAACCCUCCCAAACAACUUGGGAUGUAGGUGAUAUCUGAUUGUAGUUUUGGUGACUUUCUGACCCCAAGACCCAACUAAUUUCUGCAAUUUUCCACCUGUGAUCGUUGGAGAAUCUUUGGCCACUUGAACCUUCAACCACACCAUGCAUGGAGACAAUAUAGACACGUGUCCUCUUCUAGAACGAUUCUUACAAUCUCCAGUUGAUUGGAACUUCCUAAUUAUUGUCCUGAUGGUGGAAAUGGUCAUUUUCAAUGCUUUAGAUAUUUUCUUAUGACCACUUCCCAUUUUGUGAAGCUCAACAACCUUUUUCUACACAUCAGAACUUAAUUUUUUGGUCUUACCCAUUGUGAUGGCAGGGGCGGUUCUAGGGUCAUUGGACAUCCAGGGCUUAGCCCACAGACAUCCAUGUAUGCAUCAUAAUACACAUGAUGUUUUUUAAAAUAUGUUUAAAAGAUACAUCGGCAAAGAAUCCAUUUAUAAAUUAAGUAAAUGUCUUUCAAUAUUGUUUGUUAAAGAAUACAAAACAUAAAAAGUAUGCCUGAGCAUAAAAUGUGUUGGAUUGAAAAGGUCUACCAACUGCUUUAUUGCACCACUGUAGACAAUCAUUCACAAUCCAUCCUAUUAAUAUUGCUCUAUGCUAUUGUCAUUUUUAAUCAAACUCAUUGAACACAGGCUAUAUGUUUAAACCUACAAAUCCAGAGCCAUGACACCAAGCUGUAAUUCAUAUUAGGAACCUGCCUACAGAACAUCCACAAAUUAUAUCAUAUUCAUAAAAACAAAAUGCAUGAUCACAAGUGAGAUUACCAGACUUUUCAAGAUGUUAGAUUAACAAAUAAAAGUACAGCACAGGUAAGAUUUAAUAUGUGCACUGCUGCAGCCAUGGAUGACACUUUCAUAUUAUGUUGACAGUGAAUCCAAACUUCUUUGCAAUUACUGCAUUUUUAGAAGCUAUUUUUGUGAGAAUAAAUAAAUGCAUAAAUUAAUAA